CUUCAGUUGAGAGAAAAUCGUCGCUUAGUUAACGUCGCCCCACAAAACAACACCUCGAACGCAGAAUAAAUCUAAAGAAAUCAAUCAAUUAACGACAAAAGCCUUAACUUUGUGCUUGUGUUUAUUGUAAUAAAAAAAAGUUAAAAUUCUUAUGUGAAAUUUUCUGUGCAUAGUUGCUGAAGUUUCGAAUUGUUCAAGAAACGACAACAACAAACAAACAACAACAAGCAGCAAACAAUUUAUCUGGAUUGAAGCUAUAUCGUCAGUUAUAUAUAUAUAUACUUCAUAUAUAUAUAUAUAUAUAUUCACACAAGAUUUUUUGAAACUUUUCAAGCACCCUUCUUCCUUCCCGAAUUCCGAAUUUUAGUGCAAUAGGAAAAUGGCCCAACCGCAAUUGCUGCAAAUCAAAUUGUCACGUUUCGAUGCUCAGCCCUGGGGAUUUCGCCUGCAGGGCGGUGUCGACUUCGCCCAGCCCCUGUUAGUGCAAAAGGUGAAUGCUGGCAGUCUAUCGGAGCAGGCUGGUCUACAGCCAGGUGAUGCUGUCAUUAAGAUCAAUGACGUGGACGUCUUUAACUGUCGCCACAAGGAUGCGCAGGACAUCGUCGUGCGCUCGGGCAACAAUUUCGUCAUCACAGUGCAGCGUGGCGGCUCUACCUGGCGUCCACAUGUUACACCCACUGGCAAUGUGCCACAGGCCAAUUCGCCCUAUUUGCAGACAGUGACGAAAACUUCUCUGGCUCAUCAUCAAACCGAUAGCCAGCAUAUUGGCUGCGGCUACAAUAACUCGGCGCGUCCAUUUGCCAACGGCGGCGGCGAUGGCGGCGUGAAGAGCAUCGUCAAUAAACAAUACAACACCCCGGUUGGCAUUUACAGCGAUGAAUCUAUUGCGGAAACCCUCUCUGCUCAGGCGGAGGUUUUGGCUGGCGGUGUUCUAGGUGUGAACUUUAAGAAGAACGAAAAGGAAUACCAGGCUGACCGUUCGGAGGUGCUGAAGUUCCUGCGCGAGGAAGAGACAGGACAAUCGACUCCAGAGCCGCACAGUCCGGCGAACUUCUAUUGGACGCAAAGCCAUGCGAUUGGCGGCAACGAGCGACGCACGCCGCUGCCCCACAGCCAGGUGCAGCAGGGCCAUGGACAGGACGAACGCAUCGGCACCAAUUUACAGCAAAAUACGCUGGCGCCGGCGGCCACGCAUCGACCCAGCCUGCCCGUUGCCAAACCCCAGCAGCAGGAGCAGCCACAGCAGGAGGAGCAGCACGAUCCGCGCAUCAUUGUUAUGCCCAUAUGCCCCGCUCUGCAGGGUCCCCAGUACAAGGCCGAGAUGGAUGCUGCGGCGGCGGCACUGGCCGGCGGCUUGGAUGGUGUGCGUCCAUUGUCCGCCAGCGGACAUCCGGCCUGUCAAUUGUGCGGCGUGGGCAUUGUUGGUGUCUUCGUGCGUAUCAAGGACAAGAAUCUGCAUGUGGAGUGCUUCAAGUGUGCCACCUGUGGCACCUCCCUGAAGAACCAGGGCUACUACAAUUUCAACAACAAGCUAUAUUGCGACGUCCAUGCCAAGAUGGCCGCCCAGUCGCAUCCCCCUGCUGGCACCGAGGGCUAUGUGCCAGUGCCCAUUAAGCCGAAUACUAAGCUGAGCGCCAGCACGAUAUCUUCGGCCUUGAACUCGCAUGGUUACGGCAGCAAUGGCUAUGCCAAUGGCAAUGCCACGCCCACUCCGGCACCGUCCGAGCCAAUGCCUGAGCUCGAGCCAGAGUCGACUGCAAGCAGCUGCCACGAGCUGCCGCUGCCACCGCCCCCGUCGCCCACGCAGCUGCUGCAAUUUGAGAGCGAGGAGCUGCUGCAGCUGCCAGCGAGAAGCAGCCAAACCACUGUCCGGCAGCAACAGGCAGCAGCUGCUGGCAGCCUCUCAUCAAUUUCCAGCGGCUCCUCGUCGUCAGGUUUGGGUGGCUGCAGCGCCGCCGCUCUCAGCCCCAGCUCCACACUCUCGCUGGACAUGGAGCAGUCGCCCAUGCACUCGCGCCAGGCAUCGGGCUCCAGCACAUCGCUGGAUGUGGCUGCUGUUGAUAAUUAUAUACCAGCCGCACCGCCCGCACCACCCGCACCGCCGCAGAAUGAGAAUGACAUGAACAUGCAGAAUAAGGGACAUAAUGCAUAUAAUCAACUGCUAAAGCAGUAUUCACAUAAGCUGCAGCAGCAACAGCUACCCGCAAACAACAACAACAACAACAACACAAACAACAGACACAACAACACGGCCAAACCAUUCACAACAACAGCAACAAGCAAUGGACAGAAUGUUGCAGCGCUGAGUGCAACACUCGCUAAUCAAUUGAAAUUUAAUUCACAUCAGGCAAAGCCAACAGUAACAGCUACAGCUUCAGCUCAGUCAGAUAUAAUGUCAGCCAACGUGGCGGAUGAGCAGUAUUUGAUUAAUAACAACAAUUGCUUUGGCGACGCCACCGCCGCCGCUGCUGCCGCUGCGUGUUCAGUUCCCUCGAUGCAGACAUCGGCAGCGAGCGGCUCUGAUCAGCCGUUCGAGUAUGUCACCUUGACCGGAAAUGUAAUACGCAGCGUGCAGCCGCCCGGCAAGGGCAAUGCCUCGGCCAGCUAUCGGGUCAAUCAGGGCUACGCUCGUCCCUAUGGCGCCUCUCAGCCGCCAGCGGCAGCGCCCAAGUCGCCGGUGCCGGUCUCCUAUCCACCUCAGCAGCAACAGCAGCAGCGUCCUGGUGGCAAUGCCUACGCCACUUUGCCACGCUCGAAUGUUGGUCAACAAGAAUUGGAGGCGGAAGGCUUGCAGCCGCAAUACGAGGAGGAAUGCUAUGAGGUGGACGUCGAGGUUGCCUUAGCUGCUAGCCGUCGUUCGCAUGGCACCAGCUUCUCGUGGCCUCCGCCACAGGACGAAGGUCACGCAGCACCAACAGCUGCACCACUCUAUAUAGCACCACCCGAAACGCAGCAUGUGGUGGUGGCAAAUCCUGUGCAGGAGGUGCCUCCGCUGCCGCCGGGCAGUGCCAGCUCACGCCUCGACCCACAGCCGCAGGAGCAGCCGCAGGCGAACAAGUCCCAGCAAGCGCCACAGUGGCAGAGCUACUCGGCGCCACAGCUGACGCAGCAGCGUGUGCAGCAGACUCAGCUGGAACAAGAGUCGAGCUCGGACAGUUAUACGUCCACAUCGACAACCACAACAACCACCUCGGAGGAAUAUCAGCGCAUGUAUGCUGCCCAGCUGCAGGCCUAUCAAAUGCAGCAGGCGUGCUAUGAACAAUCCGGCUCCGAGCUGGACUACCAGUUGGAGCAGGACGCGCAGGACUAUGCCUCGGGCAGGCGCAGUGCUCAGGAAUGCGUCGAUUCGCUCUCAGCGCCAUUGAGCACCUACAAGUUAAUCGAUAUGGUAAGGGAGGUGACACCCAGUCCCGUGCCUACUCCAGCCCCAGCUCCAGCUGCAGCUCCAGUUGCUCGUCACGUGGUCUUCAACGAUGAGCCCGAGAUCAAGGAGCUGCACACUGAGCUGGAGACGAUACCCGAGUCGGCCGAAGAUCGUGAGGGCCUCAUCAUUGACCAGCGCUGCCAGAUACUCGAGAGCGAGCGCAUGUUUCAGGCAACGCCAGAGAUUAAGAUUGAAAUAGCGCCCGUGCGUCAGCGGCCACCACCCUCCAAGAUACCCAACCCCAUGCCCAAGGAAUGGAUUAAUCCCAUGAUUCGUGUGCUUACCACAGCGCCGGAGGUGCCUUUCCACCUAGUGGAGUGUCCGAUUCCCAGGCCUUGCGACGAUAACUUCGAGGCGGAGGCAGCUGCAGCCGAAGAGGCCGCCGAGCAGGCAGCUCUACAAGCUGCAGUUGCUCCACCUCCUGCACCAGCUCCACCUCCACCUCCGGCUCCAGCUCCAGCUGCCGCUCCAACUGCUGCCGUAGAUGCCUAUGCCAUUCAGCUGCUGCGUGAGUCCCCGCCUCGCGGCAAUCGACUCAGUCAGGCUAUGGCUACAGCGCCGGAGUUUGCAGUCCGCUUUGCCCCGCCAGCAGCUGAGGGCGUUCCACUACCCGAAGAAACAGUGCCCUAUAUGCCACCGCCCAUGGACAUGAAACCGUAUAUGCGCGAAGAUUAUCGUCCGAAGAGUCCGUUUGUGAGCGCCUUGACCACGGCACCGGAGCGUCCCUUUGAGGGCCACUUCGAUCGGGACGUACCCAUCCAUAUGAUAGACCUGCCCACACCCAAGGAGCAUCUGAGCAUGUGCGAUGCGCUCUGCACAGCGCCUGAACGUGGCUACACUCCACUCAAUCCCGAGAAUGCGACGCAGCGCCGUGAUGAGGAGCAAAAACAGCAGGAACUAAAGAAGUAUGAAUUUCAGGUGCUGGAUCAUGAGGAGGAACUGGGCAUCAAGCCCCAGCCACCCGAGUCUGUGGAGUACUUCAAAACGCAGCCUCAACAGCCUCGCAAAUCCUCAGCAUUUGCGGCCAUGCAAGCAUUCCAGCCGUCUCGCGAACCACUCUCCUCCAACACCAACUCCAACUCCAACUCCAAUUCCUCCACGUCCAACGUCUCAAAUUCCCUAUCGAAAGAACAGAACGAUCUUGAGUACCAGAAGUACUGCAAGGCGCAGCAGCGCAAUCAAAAGCGACUCGACUACUUUCACAAAAAGGAAGAGGAGCUCAAUCAAAAUCAAACACAGAUGAAACUUUCAGAGACAAACUCGUCUAAUUUGAAUGCGAAUGCUGCGACUGCUUCCUCUAACUCCUCUUCCACAGUCCAUCAGUCUAACAUCAACAACAACAACAACAACAACAGCAACAAGUCCACCUCCAACUCUGCUUACGUCGCCCAAACACAGACCCAGGCCCAGGCUCAGGCUCAAGUCCAGUCUCAUGUUCAGGCCAGCAGUCGGUCCUCCUUUUCAGCUAGCACCAACCUGACCACCUCCUCCUGCACCACCAAUCAGACAGCUGUAAAUACUGCUUGCAAGUUCGAUGCCCACGAACUGAUCGAGGAAACCGCUGAGGAGCUCGAGCACUCUGAAGUACUAUUCCCGCCACCAUCCCCGCUCAGCCAUUUGAAAGGCAAAGCCGUCCAGUCCGGUUUGCAUAAGGCGGAUGCCAUACCCAAAUAUCAGCGCAAUUGGACAGUGCUGCCCACCCAGAGCCCCAUACGCACACCGGAGCCACAAGAGCUGCGCGAGAAUGUGCCGCUUGCUUUCGUAGAUGCACCCAAGCAGCCGGCGACCGCGACCAAUGCCAGCUCAGAGACUGUACACAGACCCAUUGCAAAGGUUUCGGCGGCAUCGACGGCUGCUCGAGGCUCGAUUGCUUCGGUGGGUAAGCCAGUGGUGCCCGUCGUGCCGUCGGUGCCCAUCAUAAUAGAAGAUCGUUCGGGUCCAGUAACGAUGGCUUUUCAAUCACUAGAUGAAUAUGAACGGCCCGAUCAGUCGCUGACACCCACUCGACCGUAUACGCCCUGCUCGUCCGUCUGUUCGAUGAUCAACAAGCCGGCACCGAUCAUACCCUUCUAUCAGACAGAGGAGAAGCUCUGCUUUGAUGAGUGCCCCGCUACGCAUGCACGUGACUAUGAUCAACGUGCUGCCUCACCCUUUCCAGAUCGCGCACGCUCCCCAGCGCCCGGACCACCACCGAAUCCGCUCUCAGCCAUACGAGCACCACGCAUGAAGGAUCCAUCGGAGUCUCAGCUGCUCUCAGUCGGAGGACCACGUCUCCAGGCGGGCUCCAUCACCACGGGCCAGAGCUAUCAGGGUCAGCUACUGGCCCAUUCAGAGCUCAGCUCGCAGUCAGCUAGCCAGAGCUACAGCCAGCAGCCCGAGAAGUUGACAGAGAUGAGAAUAGGCAACGUCAACGUGCAGCAGCGCGAGCAGUCCUCGCAGCUGCAGGAGCAAAACCAAUCGCAACUUCAAAGCCAGACCAAGACCCAAAUUGGCAAUACACAGAUCGAACGCAGGCGCAAGGUUACUGAGGAAUUCGAGCACACCCAAAGCGCCAAGACCAUUGAGAUACGCACAGGCUCCAGCUCCCAGACACAGUUGAAGUCGCAAUCUCAGCUGCAAUCGCAGUCGCAGUUGAAGUCGCAGUCUCAAUCGCAGUCGCAAGCUCAAUCGCAAUCCCAGUCGGAGUCGACGGAGCGUCGUUCGUCUUAUGGACGCACAGGCUUUGUGGCGGAUCAAGCGCGUCGCCUCUCUGGCCUAGAGCAGGAAAUCAGCAGCUUGACCACUCAGUCUCAGGCCAUUAGCGCGCGGGCCUCUACUCUAGGUGAGAGCAGCUUUCCACAGCUGCGUUCGCCCACCUUUGAGGACAAGUUUCCUCUGCACCUAGCUACAGCUGCAGCACCUGCACCUAACUAUUCACCAGGUGUGGCCGCAGGUGCUAAGCUUCUAGGACCUCCACCUGGAUUCAUGCAGCAGCAACAGCAACAGCAGCAGCAGCAGCAGCAACAACAACUGCAACAGAGGUCGGCCUUCAAGUCAACUUCUUCAACUCAGCAACAGCAGCUGAGCUCAUCGCUAACAUCAGCUUCAGCAAUUACAUCCACAUCUGCAUCAACAUCUGCAUCAGCAUCAGCAUCAAAAUCGUCGGCGAGUCUAACCAAAGCUUCUGCUAUUACUACCACAACUAAUAAUCAAGCCUGUGCACAGUUCAGAGGCUCCGGAGCCACGGGCUCUACAUUAACAGCUGCGCUGGCCAAGCUGCCAAAUGCUUCGGCGCCAAAGCCAACAACAACAACAGUUGCGCCACCCGUCUUUCCGCCCAAUCUAAGCGAGUUGAACUCUAAUGUUGAUGGUUCCGCAGGUGCUGGUGGCAAGGCUGGAGCAUUUGGUGCCACCUCGGCACCAAAACGUGGACGUGGCAUCCUCAACAAGGCCGCCGGACCAGGCGUUCGCAUCCCACUCUGCAACAGCUGCAAUGUGCAGAUCAGGGGACCCUUCAUUACGGCUCUGGGUCGCAUCUGGUGUCCGGACCAUUUCAUUUGCGUGAACGGCAACUGCCGUCGUCCGCUGCAGGACAUUGGCUUCGUUGAAGAGAAGGGCGAUCUCUACUGCGAGUAUUGCUUCGAAAAGUAUCUGGCGCCCACCUGCAGCAAAUGCGCUGGCAAAAUCAAGGGUGAUUGCUUGAAUGCCAUUGGCAAGCACUUCCAUCCGGAGUGCUUCACUUGCGGCCAGUGCGGCAAGAUCUUUGGCAACACGCCCUUCUUCCUAGAGGAUGGCAAUGCAUAUUGCGAGGCUGAUUGGAACGAGCUAUUCACUACCAAGUGCUUCGCUUGCGGCUUCCCUGUUGAAGCAGGCGACAGAUGGGUGGAGGCGCUCAACCACAACUAUCAUAGCCAAUGUUUCAACUGCACUUUCUGCAAACAAAACCUGGAGGGUCAGAGCUUCUACAAUAAGGGCGGUCGUCCCUUCUGCAAGAAUCAUGCGCGCUAAGCUCAGUCACAGAUCUUAUUGUAUAUGGCUCGACUAUGGACUUCAGGGAUUAUGCACACUAACAACCAACAACCUACAAUAACCAACAACAACAACAAUAAAAGCAGCACGAUUAUAAAAGCAACAGUUCUUAAUCAAAGUAAAUGAUGCCUAUUUAAUAUUACGUAAUUUCCUUUAUAACUUGUUUUUUUUUGAACUGUUAUCCUAAUUUUAAAAAGAAAAAAAUCAAAAAUUGUAAACGACACGAAAUCGAAUUAGUUCCCAACAGCAGCACUCAUCUAUAUAUAUAUAUAUAGAUA